AUGGAGGAGGGGACCCUGGAGACAUAUGCUCCCCGGUGCUCCAUGCCGGCCGAGCUCCAUCACCCCUACUCCAAGUUUUCAGACUGGAAGUUCAAGCUGUUCCGGGUCAGGUCCAUGGAGAGGGCCCCGCUGCCCGGGGAGAUGCAGCUAGAGAGAGGGGCCUUGUCUGGGGUUGUGACCUCUGCACCCCUGGGGGAAACUGUGGGGGAUGUGGUGGGUCUCCCAGGGAGUGUGAUGAAGCUUUGCCUGGGGGGUAAGAGCAAGGAGAACGUAGAGGGCCCGGGAAAGAGAGUGGACCUGAAACUCCAGGAGAUGGACACACACAUGAACCACCUCAGGUGUCUGUGCCGUCUCUGUGGAGGGGCCCUGAGGAAAGCCAAAGGUCCAGAGCAUGAAGUCCAGGGGCUUCUGGACGAGACUAGCAGGAGUGCCCUGCGUAGGAUGGGCUGCAAGGCCACCAGCUGGCCAGAGGUCAUCCUCAAGGUCUUCAAAGUGGACGUGGCGGGGGACAUGGAGGUCGUCCAUCCGCCAUUCUUCUGCCAGCGCUGCUGGACAUUGGCCAUGCGAGGAGGGGGCUUCUGCAGCUUCUCCAGGACCCAUGUCCCUGAGUGGAGACCCCACACCACCCUCUGCCUCCUCUGCCACCCCAAGAAACCCUCACUACAGAGGAGAGGGAGAAAGAGGAGGAAGCCCACUCGUGGAGCCCAACGCCUGGCCAAGAGGACCAAGUGGGACCUCCAGGAUAACGCUGCUACUGUUGGUGAGAAGAGAGCCUGGAGAACAGUGAUAGAUCCUCACCAGGGACCUGGACUUAGACCCUGGGUGAGAUCCAGCAUCCAGAGAGCUCAGUGGGUGAAGAGCAUCACCCUCUGCCAGAAAGAGCACCUUAGUGCCAAACUGCUGUCCGAGGACCUCCCUGUGGACUUCCUGAGCUCAGUCACCUGUCAGGUGUGUGACCACCUGUUGUCUGAGCCCGUCCAGUCCCCCUGCAGACACCUCUUCUGCCGCAGCUGCAUCGCUAAAUACAUCUACUCUCUGGGCCCCCACUGCCCGGCUUGCACCCUGCCCUGCGGCCCUGCCGACCUUACUGCCCCAGCUAAGGGCUUCCUGGGGGUCCUGCACUCCCUGCCGCUGCUUUGCCCCAGAGAGAGCUGUGGGGAGCGGGUACGGCUGGACUCCUUCAGAGCCCACUGCUUGGGUCACCAUCUGGAGGAAGUGGAUGGGGACCACAAGUCAGCAGAAAAUUGCCUGGACAACUUCCUGCCCAUCAACAAAGGGGGAAGGCCCCGACAGCAUCUCUUGUCACUGACGAGGCGUGCCCAGAAGCACCGGCUGAGGGACCUGAAGACCCAGGUGAAGGUGUUUGCAGAGAAGGAAGAAGGUGGAGACACCAAGUCGGUGUGCCUGACCCUGUUCCUGCUAGCUUUGAGGGCGGGAAACGAACACCGGCAGGCAGAUGAACUGGAGGCCAUGAUGCAAGGCAGGGGCUUUGGCCUGCAUCCUGCUGUGUGUCUGGCCAUCCGGGUCAACACGUUCCUGAGCUGCAGCCAGUACCACAAGAUGUACCGCACCGUCAAGGCCACCAGUGGACGCCAGAUCUUCCAGCCUUUGCACACCUUACGCGCUGCAGAGAAGGAGCUCCUCCCAGGCUACCACCCCUUUGAGUGGCAGCCGGCCCUCAAGAGUGUGUCCACAUCCUGCCAUGUGGGGAUCAUUAACGGGCUAUCAGGGUGGGUCGCUUCGGUGGACGAUUCCCCAGCAGAUACAGUCACGCGUCGGUUUCGCUACGACGUGGCCCUGGUGUCGGCCCUGAAGGACCUGGAGGAGGACAUCGUGGAGGGGCUGAGAGAGCGAGGCCUGGAGGACAGUGCUUGCACCUCGGGCUUCAGCGUUAUGAUCAAGGAGUCCUGCGAUGGCAUGGGGGACGUCAGUGAGAAGCAUGGCGGAGGGCCGGCCGUCCCGGAAAAGGCUGUGCGUUUCUCCUUCACCAUCAUGUCCGUCUCUAUUCAAGCUGAGGGAGAAGAUGAGGCGAUCACCAUUUUCCGGGAGCCCAAGCCCAACUCAGAGAUGUCCUGCAAGCCGCUCUGCCUGAUGUUUGUGGACGAGUCGGACCACGAGACUCUCACAGGUGUCCUGGGGCCUGUGGUGGCCGAAAGGAACGCUAUGAAGCACAGCCGUCUCAUCCUGUCUGUGGGCGGCCUUUCUCGCUCCUUCCGCUUCCACUUCCGGGGCACGGGCUAUGAUGAGAAGAUGGUGCGAGAGAUGGAGGGUUUGGAGGCCUCUGGCUCCGCUUACAUCUGCACACUGUGUGACUCCACUCGGGCAGAGGCCUCCCAAAACAUGACUCUCCACUCUGUCACCCGCAGCCACGACGAGAACCUGGAGCGCUACGAACUUUGGAGGACCAACCCUCAUUCUGAGUCAGCUGAAGAGCUGCGAGACCGAGUCAAAGGCGUCUCUGCCAAGCCCUUCAUGGAGACCCAGCCCACACUGGAUGCCCUGCACUGUGAUAUCGGCAAUGCCACUGAGUUCUACAAGAUCUUCCAGGAUGAGAUAGGGGAGGUCUAUCACAAGGCAAACCCCAGCCGGGAGCAGCGUCGGAGCUGGCGGGCCGCCCUGGACAAGCAGCUGAGGAAGAAGAUGAAGCUGAAGCCUGUGAUGAGGAUGAAUGGGAACUAUGCACGGAAGCUGAUGACCCGGGAGGCAGUGGAGGCAGUGUGUGAGCUGGUGCGCUCAGAGGAGCGUCAGGAAGCCCUGAGGGAGCUGAUGGGGCUCUACAUCCAGAUGAAGCCUGUGUGGCGCUCCACCUGCCCGGCAAAGGAGUGCCCAGACCAGCUCUGCCGGUAUAGCUUCAACUCCCAACGCUUCGCAGAGCUGCUCUCCACCGUCUUCAAGUACAGGUAUGACGGAAAGAUCACCAACUACCUGCACAAGACCUUGGCCCAUGUGCCAGAGAUUGUGGAGAGGGAUGGCUCCAUCGGGGCCUGGGCCAGCGAGGGGAAUGAGUCUGGGAACAAGCUGUUCAGACGGUUCAGGAAGAUGAAUGCCCGCCAGUCCAAGACCUUUGAGCUGGAGGACGUGCUGAAGCACCACUGGCUCUACACAUCCAAGUACCUGCAGAAGUUCAUGGAAGCUCACAAGAACUCUGCCAAAGCUCUGCAGGCCACCAUUGACACUGUGGAGAGUCAGGAGACACAGGAGGAUGCUGACAUGUCACUGGAUGUCCCAGACUUUUGA